UAUAACACUACUUCUCUAACAUCCUCUCCUCACUCAUUCUCACACCAAGUAUUCUUUUAAAAAAAAUCUCAGUUCUCAACUCUUUAAUUUCUUCUCCAUAAUUAACCAGACUAAUGGCUUCUUUCAUUAGUACCAUUUCUUUUCUACUUGUUCUUUCUUUGAUUCAUUUCUCCUUGGCAACAAGGCAACUCGAAGACCAAACUGAGUUGUACAAGUUCCAUUACCACAAUGGCCCUCUUCUUACUGGUAAAAUCUCAAUUAACCUUAUUUGGUAUGGUAAAUUCAAGCCCACUCAACGUGCAAUUAUCUCAGAUUUCAUGACCUCCUUGUCUUCAUCCACUUCAAGAAAAAUCUCCCCCAACCAACCAUCUGUUGCCACGUGGUGGAAAUCUACCGAGAAAUAUUUCAGUUUACUAAAAUCCAAGAAAGCUUCUCCAUUAGUCCUUUCACUUGGUAACCAAAUCUUGGAUGAGACCUAUUCUUUAGGUAAAUCACUUAAUAACAAACACAUCAAACAAUUAGCAGCUAAAGGUGAUCAAAAGAACGCAGUUAACAUUGUGUUAACAGCAUCAGAUGUAGUUGUUGAUGGGUUCUGUUCUAGUCGAUGUGGGACACACGGAUCAUCAUUAAGUUCCAAAAAUAGCCCACCAAAGGGCAAGAUUUACAAAUUUGCCUACAUUUGGGUUGGUAAUUCCGAGACUCAAUGCCCUGGUCAAUGUGCAUGGCCAUUUCACCAACCAAUUUACGGACCACAAGGUCCAGCCUUGGUUGCACCAAACAACGAUGUGGGUUCUGAUGGUAUGGUUAUGAACUUGGCUAGCUUAUUGGCUGGUACAGUAACGAACCCUUUUGGAAAUGGUUACUAUCAAGGACCAGCUGAUGCACCAUUGGAAGCUGCAUCAGCUUGUCCUGGGGUUUAUGGAAGUGGGGCCUACCCUGGCUAUGCUGGUAAUUUAUUGGUGGAUCCUACUACUGGUGCUAGCUACAAUGCGCAUGGUGCUAAUGGGAGGAAGUUCUUGCUACCUGCGUUGUUUGAUCCUUCCACGUCUUCAUGUUCUACUUUGGUUUAAGGAAAAAAAAAAUUAGUUAGCGAGUUAAUUAUAAAGAGUUGUACUUAGGGAUAUCUAGAUAAUAGGAUAUUCUUUCAUUCAGGUUCAUUCUUUUGUCUCGAUUGAUAAAUAAAAUUAUUCCAAAUUCUUUUA